GCCUAUCAGAGCCACCAGGAGCUGCUUGCCGGCGGCCGGCGGGUAAUGAUUCCACCCACCUGUCAGCGCGAACGGGGACGCGGGCACGAGUCCACGAUUUCCCAACCGAAACGCGCGAGUUAUUACGCUUUAUGCGCCCGUGCCGUGAGGCCGUGACCCCAAACGCUCCUUCCUCGCUUGAUUACUAGAGCGUUUCCUCCCUCCGCGCAUCGCAGCCAACCUCACCCUGUGCCUCAGAUCUCGCCCACCUGGGAGAGGCGCGGAGGCGACGCGCCCAGCUACCUACCGGUUCCAUACUCUGAAGUCUGAACUGGCCUCAGCUGUUCCACCACCUCGCUGUUCUUGGCCCAGCUGCUCUGCUCUUGUCGAGGGAUGAUGGUCCAGUGCUCCUCCAACAAGGCUCCACACCGACAUUGAGCUACUGUGCCUUAGCGCUGCCGGUCCGGGGUCGCUCUCUGUGGGCCGUGGCGGCUGUCCGAUGGGCUGCACCGGGUCCAGGCACGCGCUGCGCGGCGGCGUCCGGGGUGGCAGCCGGUCGCCGCGCGCGCGGAGCCGCUCCGGCGGCGUCCACCACACCGUCGCGCUCAAGUCCUCCACGCUGGGGUCGCUCAGCCUCGACCGGGACCGGGACGACGACGGCGCUCUAGCAGGCGCGGCGAAGACGCUGAUGCGGCGGCAGAAACAACAAGUGCGAGGCUCGCCGGCCAAGGCGCCUGCUCGCGAGCCCGAGGUGAUCAACGUGUGGGAGCUCAUGGACGGCCUCGACGACGACGGCAAGGACGAUGAGGAGGGGGGCGACGCCGACGCCGACGCCGAGGGGCGGCGGGAGAAGUCGGCGACAGGGUCACCCGCCGAGUUCGACUUCGACCCGGACGUCAUCGCCGCGUUCCGGAAGGCGCUGGAUGAGAACCCCCCGCCGCCGCCGUCGGACGUCCCCGGCAACGAGGGGUGUGUCGACAAGAAGCCUGACGGCCCGGGCGGCGAGGUGGGCGUCAAGGUCAAGCAGCGGGAGCGCGAGAUACAGAGGUUCCCUGGCAUCGUGCGCGCGCGGGUCAGCGCGUUCCAGCAGAGGAUCGACGCGAAGCUGCUCGCCAAGCUGGCACCGCCGCCGCCCCCGGAUAGCGCCCGGAAGGUGGUGCUGUACCUGACCAGCCUCCGUGGCGUCCGCAAGACGUACGAGGACUGCUGGUCCACCAGGUCCGUCCUCCGGAGCUACGGCGUGCGCGUCGACGAGCGCGACCUGUCGAUGCACUCGGGGUUCAAGGACGAGCUCCACGCCGCGCUGGGCUCCAGCCCCAACGCGGGCAGGCUCCCGCAGGCGUUCGCGGACGGCAGGCACCUGGGCGGCGCCGAGGAGGUCCGCCGGAUGCACGAGGCCGGCGAGCUGGCGAGGGCGCUCGAGGCCUGCGACGUAGUAGUAGCGCCCCCGCCGAGCUCCGGCGGCAAGGGCGUUGUCCUGGACGCGUGCUCCGGCUGCGGCGGCGUGCGGUUCGUGCCCUGCGAGGACUGCUCCGGCAGCUGCAAGGUGUUCGUCGAGGAGGUGGGCACGUUCAGGCGGUGCCCCGAGUGCAACGAGAACGGGCUGGUGCGGUGUCCUCUCUGCUCCUCGUGAACAAAUCUCAGACACUUUUGAAUUUUGAUUUGUACGUAAGAUCGUUGAGGAGUAUUUGUCCUUCUAGCUGAGGGUUUGUACAGGAGUUACACGCAUGUGUAACUUUACUAGGACUGAUGAAGCAACAGAUGAUCGUAUUUAUGCUUUGUUGAUGACUGGAUUUCAAAGUGUACAAGCACAAGACGUGACAACAAUCGAAUGAGCUGAUAUGCAUUAGAAUUGC